GAGAAAGAGCGGGGACGGUGCGCUUGGAGACUGGUGACACCUCUGACCUCCACUCCGAUCACAUCUAAAGCUCAAAACCCUGUAUAUGCACUCCCGCUGGGUGCAGCGGGGAUCUCCACACUCAUUCGGAACUAUCACUCACGCCCGACGCUAAGCGGCGCGUGCCUACGCAAGCAGUGGGCGGAGCGUCUCCAAGACGAGUUCGCAUGGCAACCCUCGGAACCCCUGCCCACUGGACUACACCGUUGCAGCCACUGUCUUCUGAAUGGACUACACCAUUGCAGCCACUGUCUGCUGAAAACCCAUUCGGGCUCCUGAAAUUGCAGCUGGGCGGGUGGCUCCAAGAGAGAGAGCCGCCCUUGCGUGCAGGAAGCCCUGGGUUCAACUCCUGCAUCAAGAGAAACCGAAAUUCCUCAGGAGAGAAGGUGCGGCUGCGCAGUACAACCCCGGGAGAGCGCAUGGUCGGCCCCGCGCCUGGGCUCACUCCCGCCACUAUGAGCCAGGGCACCGCGGAUCUAGCCUCGGAGACGGGAGAUGACAGUCUGUCUGCAAUUACCUUUGAUUCUGACUUUGAGACGAAAACAAAAAGAAAAGGUUUCCACAAACCUCCUUCCACAUCACCAAAGUCACCUUACUACUCCAAGCCCAAAAAAGUGACAUCAUGGCGGUCUCUGAAGACAGCAGGGAGCAUGCCUCUGAGCAGCAGAAUAUCCUUGACCCCACAGAAGCUGUGGCUGGGAACCUCGAAGCACGGAAGUAUGACCCAACCCCUGAGCUCCAUGGUUACCUCAGAGCACGCGUGGAUCCACCCCCCCAGCUGCACUCCUGACCACCUGACAGAAGCUGUGAGAGCAAAGAGGGCAGACCCCAGGCGUUCUGGCAACCAUGGUCACAUCUCUGGGAAUUCUGUCUACAGAGAGAAAGAGGACAUGUAUGAUGAGAUCAUCGAGUUGAAGAAGUCCUUACAUAUGCAGAAAAGUGAUGUGGAUCUGAUGAGAACAAAGCUCCGACGCUUGGAAGAGGAGAACAACAGAAAGGACCGGCAGAUAGAACAGCUUUUGGAUCCAGGUCGAGGCCCAGACUUUGUGCGAACCCUGGCUGAGAAAAGGCCUGACACUGGUUGGGUCAUCACCGGGCUCAAGCAAAGGAUCUUCAAGCUGGAGCAACAGUGCAAGGAAAAGGACAACACUAUCAACAAACUUCAGACGGACAUGAAGACCACUAACCUGGAGGAGAUGCGCAUCGCCAUGGAGACAUACUAUGAAGAGAUCCAUCGUCUGCAGACCCUCCUGGCGAGUACUGACGCCUCAGGAAAGAAGCCCAUAAUGGAGAAGAAGCUGGGUGUGAAAAGGCAAAAGAAGAUGAGCAGCGCCCUGCUGAACUUGACCCGGAGCGUGCAGGAGCUGACAGAGGAGAACCAGAGCCUGAAGGAGGACCUGGACCGCAUGCUGAGCAAUUCCCCCACUGUCUCCAAAAUAAAGGGUUAUGUAGACUGGAGCAAGCCCCGGCUGCUGAGACGCAUCGCAGAGUUGGAAAAGAAAGUGAGUUCCGCAGAAAGCCCAAAGCCAUCUGCUUCAGAGCUGGUCAAGCCGAAUCCCCUGGUCAGCUCCUCCUCCAACAUCUCGGUGCAAAAGCAGCCGAAAGGGGACCAGCCCAAAGAGGACCUGCCUAAAGAGGAUUCAUCUGAGGACCAGGAGCAUCUCCGAGGAGCCCUGAAGGUCCUGAAAGGGGAGCGAAGCGUACUGCAGGCACAGCUGCUGGAGAAAGAUGAGGAGAUGAAUAAGCUGCUGCAGGCCAAGAUGGACUUGGAGAAGGAGCUGGAGAUGGCCAGAGAAGGCGAGAAGGAGAGACAGGAGCAGGAGCGGGCUUUGAGAGAGAAAAUUGAAGCACUCACCAGCAAGUGUCAAGAACUGGAAGAAGCUAAGAGACAAGAGAGAGACUUGACUGUAGCAGUCACCCAGGAGGCCCCCCCAGAGCUCCAUGCACCAUCACCCUGCAGCGAUCACUCCAAGCCAGACUCUGACAAUGAGCCCAGUGAGCACAACAGUGACAGCCAGGAGGCUGAAUCCCAGCCACCCACCCCGUGCUCCGAAGAGAGGAGGGAUGCUGCCAUCAGAAUUCUGCAGGCCCAGUGGAAGGCCCACAGACACAAGAAAAGAAAAGCUGCUUUGGAUGAGGCAGCAACUGUGCUCCAGGCGGCCUUCAGAGGACACCUAGCUCGUUCGAGGCUGUUACGAAGCAAAGCCCCAGCCUCCAGGUCUCCCAGCCUGCUGGACCUUCCCAGCAUUCCCACCGAGCUGCAGAGGUCUCCCACCCCCCGAGUCCCAAGCCCCAUCUCCCCGCCUGAAGACAGCCCAGAACAAGAGGAGGCCAUCACUGUCAUCCAGUCCAUCCUCCGGGGAUACCUGGCCCAGGCCAGGUUCAUUGCCAACUGCUGCAGAGGGAUCGCAGCAUCUCAGAAGGGAGCUGUCUCAGCCAUGCCUUCAGAAUCCACCUCCCCACCCUCCCUAGCAGCUUCUCCUGGAGCAAUAAGAGUGGGGCUCUCUCCCAAGGAGGAGCUGAGAGAGACCGCUGCAAUUGAACCUGCCCCCUCUCGACCCUCUGUCCCCAACUCCCCCCAGAGUGGCCAUUGGGACUCUCCACCCCCUUGUGACCUAGAGGCUGUGCCUCAGUCCAGUGUGAAGGAUGUGAUAUGCUUGGAUGUGUGUGACGAAAGGAGCAGCAGUGCCGCAAGUACUCAGCCAUCCCUGGUGGCGUCUUCUCCAGGACUGCCGCCCAUGUCACCACCCCCAGUAGAGGAUGUCUGCUCUGAUGAUUCGGAUGACAUUAUCUUUUCACCAUUUCUGCCCAGGAAGAAAAGCCCCUCCCCAUUCUAGGACCCCAGUCAUUGCCUCCGGGUGAGGUGGCUGUGGGGACAGGUUAGAGGACUCACUAACUGAAUUUGAGACGAUGACCUAUCUUGCUAGGGAAAGAGCCCUGCCUCGGGAACACCUCAGCCAUCGGUUUUCUUAUGUGUUGUGCCUGUGCCUUUGAGGGAUCCUGGUGGCUCUAUACUGCUCACUGGGGAGGGCGGGCGGCCGCCUGCCACUUCCAUCUCUGGUUGCAUCUCAUGUAUUUCCAGUGCCCACAGAUAUGUGUACUCCAAGUCAGGGCAGCAGGGAGUCCUGCAGAGAUGAGAACUCUUGCAAAGUCUACCACCUGCCCUUGACCUUGGCACUGUCAGCUGCCAUUGAGAUACAGCCUUCCUCAUCCUUUGCUGCCCAGUGCCUUACAGGUCACACAACUAAGUCUCCAGGCCCCACAGCAGAAUGCAGUCAUAUCAAAGCCAACAAUAAGCUAUGGACAUCAGGGUCCCCAACCAAGCCCCUGUCCCAUGGGCUCCUUGUUCCCCUUUCUGUUAUCCCCCAUCACCUCCAUCCCUCCUGGGAGAAUGAACUCUUGGAAGAGCACCAGGCAGUGAGUGGCACAGCAGCUAUUGAGAGGCAGCAAGAGGACAGAUCCACAGGUCACCCAGAGUCAAGGCGGAGACCAGGGCCAGGAGGCAGCCCACCAUCCCAGAGGAGAUAAGUCUCAGGGAAGAACAAAUUCCAAUGUAGACCUAGGGACAGCCCUGUCAGCUGGGUAUGCUGAAGUAUCUGCAGGCCACCAAUGCCACCUGGCCCACUCAGCAGCCAGUAGCUUGAGAUGUUGUUUGUCCCUGGUUUGUGAACUUAGCCGCUGUCAGUGGGUGAGAAUGAGGGGCUUUGGACUUAGACAGGAUUUUAGGGGUAUCCAGGCUCCAUGUACCCCAGGUCUGCUGCCAGGGUGCCUGUGGGACUGGCUACCAGCAGUAUCCAUAAAUCAUUGGGGAUGGGACUUCCUGGCUCCAUGGGACUGGCUUUUGUCUUAGGAGAGACCUAAUGCUGGAAGGUUCCUGCUUAGACUAGACUAGUAGGGACAUCAAGAGACUUGCUCUUAGGGACCAUUUAAUCCUAGUCAUCCUCCACAGCAUGCACACAGCAGACUGGGCAUGAGAACCUCAGGAUGGGAACUAGGCUUGACAGCCAGAGGCCAGGAAGAGGGAGCCCAACUUUGUCCACCUGCCCAGGGGAGGUAUAAGUAAAUGCCCCUAAUACUAUGAUGGGACCAGGCACAGCUGCCUAGCCCUUUUCUCCACCAGGGGGCAAAAAACAACUCAGCCAGGACCCUGCUGGCUCAGUUUUGGUUUUUUUUUUUUUUAUUAUUUUUUUUUGUUUUGUUUUUGUUUUUAUACACUUGGCCUGUGGGCUGUCUGCCAAGUUAGUUUUCUUCCCCUUGAACUGAUGGUAAUUUUACCAAAUGACAGCCGACUGGAACCCUCUGUAGAUGUAUCUGCCUCCCUACCACAACUUGGGUGUGUUCCUUGUGAUUAAUGCCACCACUUGAAGAACUUGAGGCCCAAGAAGGUGGCUGUGGGUGGCUCUCAGUGCCAGGGGUCCGUAUAUGGCCACUCUGUCCCCUCUUAUUUAACACUAGCCAUUUGUGCAUUGAGUGUUCUGAGAGUGAACAGUCAGGAGUUCUAGGUUGGUGAGGCAUUUGGGGUGGGUGUGUUCACCUUGGCUGCCCCGACCUCAGGAAAGGGAGCAGGGCCUGUACAUCUGAGGCUGACCUGUGCACCCAGCCUGGCCAGUGAGCAGUGAGGUCAAAAUGGGCCCCUGCACUUGAGUUUUCUGAGAACAAGCCCCUGAAAACAGAAGAGCUAUAUACCACCUGACCUUUGGUGCAGCCGCUAAUCUAUUAAAGGUAAACCUGUCUUGAAGCUACCUCAGUGAAA